CACCCUUUCAACCUUGGGAACCAAUCCCAAAUUCUGCAGUUGAAUGCCUAUUGCAUAGAGGCCUACACACAACCAACGUAGAGGCUCCUUCGCACCUGUGCUCACCCACACCAUAGGCUGAUCGGGCGAUUAUCUCGGGGACGAAAUGUCUGACAAUCCCCCCACAGCCGCGACUGCAACCGCAACCGCAACCGGAGCGAGGUCGGCGUACCAGUACCAAGUCUACAAGCCGGAGCUGGAGCAGGUGCCGACCCAGAUCGCGACGCUGCUGGCCGAGUACGCGGGGAUCCCGGCGGCGGCGCAGAAGGAGCACAUCAAGACGGUGCGCGACCGGGCCUUCAAGUCGCACCCGUACCCGUGCCUGGGCCGGUGGCGGUUCCUCGAGCUCGACCUGUCCAGCCACCCGCUGUACCAGAGCCACAUCGUGCCGAUGCUGUCCAAGGACAAAGCAGCUGAAGGGGAGAAGACGGCCGACAAAGAUGGCAACAGGGACUGGAUCUUCCUCGACCUAGGCUGCUGCCUGGGGCAGGAUAUCCGCAAGCUAAUCUUCGACGGCGGCGACGCCAGCCGCAUCUACGGCGCGGACCUGCGCCCGGAGUUCAUCGAGGUUGGCUACGAGCUGUUCCGGGACGAGGACCGGCUGCCGCGCGCCCAGCACUUCGUCGCCCCGGCCGACGUGUUCGACUUCUCCCCCGAGAGCGAGCUGAGCAGGAAGUGCGACGGGCGCGUUGGCAUCUUGCACUCCACGUCCGUCUUUCACCUCUUCGACUGGGACCAGCAGGUCACCAUGGCGUGCCGAUGCUUGCAGCUGAUGACCACCACGAACGGCCGGGUGCUGAUCUGCGGGUGCCAGGUGGGCAACGAGCACCCCGGCGAGUUCCCCCGACGCCUGGGCGGGGGCUCGCGGUACAGGCACAAUGAGGAAAGCUGGAAGAAGAUGUGGGACGAGGUCGUCCGUCAAGAAUCCACAAAGUACAAGAUCCGGGCUAUCGAGGUCGGGGCGGUCAUGUUGGGGAGGAAUAUCGACCGCAUCAGAGAGGAAUUGGCGGCGCAACGUCAAGCUCAAGAGCAAGGGCAAGGGGCACGGGGGGAAGAAGAGGGGGAAAGCGAGUCUAGGUACCUUGGGAGGUUCGAGGAAGGGUUCAGGUGGAUGAAAUACUGGGUUUGGAUUGACUUCGCUUAGAAUCGAGAUCACGGUUCACGAAUUCUCCUCAACCCUCCUUUCGCUUGAGCUGAUAAGAGCAUCGUUGUUUUUGUUAUCACAAGCCUUCAAUAGGGCGAAUAACCCUCAGACAUCAAGGUUGGCAUCAUGACCCGAGGACAUGGUGGUUGUUUCGUUGAAGAGGUCAACCGCCGUCUUGGGACCCUGGUGGAGCAUUCGCACACUGCCAACAUGCCGUCAAGACUGGGCCUAUGUCCCGUGUGCAGAACUUCUUCGCCCGUGGGAUAAAGUAUCUAACCCACUUGAAAUGCAACUUCACUAAUUCUCUGAAGCUACUGCACGCUUGG